GUUUGUUAACACAUUCAAGUAUUCAACCGUUCCAUUUUUAACAGAAUGAAUGAACUUCUCACUUUCUCCACCAAAGGCGCCCACAUUAUGCUGAUUUUCUACUCUCUAAAUUUUCUCAUCUUUCUAUUGAAUCUUUUGUAAUAGGCGUGGUCUCGUCGCUUCCGUACGUAAAUAGAGUCUAUGGAUAUCGCUGCGGUUCAAGGAGUGCGAGCUCGGCCGUCGAUUGGUGGACCUUGGCCGGCGGACCUUGUGUCUGGACCGGCGUCGAAGAAGUUAGGGUUUGUUAAGGCUACUAGGUUUGAUCGUGUUCGUGGUGUUAGAGCGGGGUCAUGGUCUUUGAAGCCGGUCAAGGCAACGGAGGAGUCAACGGCGUCGGUGAUCAAUGAAUCCACGGCCACAUCUGGAAAAAGCACUUUGGCAUGUGCUCUGAGUCGUGGCUUGCACUCUAGAGGAAAGCUAACCUACAUUCUUGAUGGUGACAACUGUCGGCAUGGACUGAACCGUGACCUUAGUUUUAAAGCAGAAGAUCGUAUUGAAAAUAUACGAAGGAUUGGGGAGGUAGCAAAACUCUUUGCAGAUGCUGGUGUUAUUUGCAUUGCCAGUUUGAUCUCUCCUUACAGAAAAGAUCGAGAUACCUGUCGUGCACUAUUACCAGAAGGAGAAUUUGUUGAGGUGUUCUUGGACGUCCCACUCCAACUGUGUGAGUCGAGAGACCCCAAGGGCCUUUACAAGCUUGCACGAGCUGGGAAGAUCAAAGGUUUUACUGGGAUUGAUGAUCCAUAUGAACCGCCAUUGAACUGUGAGAUAGUACUACGACAGAAGGAAGACAACUGUGCUUCUCCAUGUGAAAUGGCUGAAACUGUGAUAGCUUACUUGGAUGAGAAAGGUUACCUUCAAGCCUAAUUUGCUGAAAAGGUAUCAGUAACUGUAAGUUUGUAACAUGAUUCGAUGGAAGCCUGAGAUGAUAGAAAUUGAUUCUUUCCUACAGUAACGAAAUCGUACCUGCAUUUGUAGCUCAACCAUUUAUGUCUCCUUAAAGCUGCAAAAGUGUAUUUUGUAAUUCAGCCUCCAAUUAAUAAGGAUGAUCCACGGGAUAGGUAAUAAAUUUGUGUCACUUAGCCGUGUGAUAUCCAUUCCAGUAUAAGAUUUGUCUCACGUCACAGGUUUGCACUCAAUGCUUGUACAUAAAGCAGCCUUUGGAUUUGUAUAGCUUUAUCAGAAUACUAGUGCUUGUACAUUGACACUACGUGGACUCAGCAGGAAUUGGCCCAAACGGUCAAAUCCUUCCAUUUUGGUGUUUCUUGUUCAGGAAUAGAAAAUUGUUGCUAUCAAUAUUAUGUAAAGCCCGAUUAAUUCAAUAAUCAAGAGCUUUCAUUUCA